CUUGGGGGUCAUCUUCUCUCUCUCUCUCUUUCCUUCCUUCUUCUCUCUCCUGACAUCAUCUCGAGCUCUUGUCGUCGACGCGUGUCUCUACUCCAGACACGAUGGACUCUUCCUUGACUCGACGACCUGGAGUACCGCUCCUUGGGUCAGAGAGAUCCAAGACCACCGACCCCGAAAAGGAUGCCUUGCUCCCCACUUCAAGUGGGGACACGAUCGUCGCGGCUAGCUCUAACAGCGACGAGGAUGACAAGUACACCAAAUCUCGGUCAUUGAAAUCACGACCUGCAUUCAAACUCGUCGUGGAAUCUACACCUGCUCUGUUCCUCCUCAUUGGAUUGUUCUACCUGUUGACUCGGAAAGACGUUGCUGCUGGUUUCCCUUGGCCUUCAAAACCUGCACCUACGACGCUUCCUGCUUUCAUCGAAGAAGGCAUUGAGCAAUGCAAGAUUGUUCAGAGAUCUGUUGAGCAGCCUAAAUGGGAUAAAAAGAGGACCAAAAAUGAUCGAUUUGUCCCUGGAACUCGACCGACCUGGCUUAAAAACGGUACAGUCUGGACCGGAGAUCAAGAUGGUGAAGAGAUUCUCAAAGGCCACGACAUUCUCCUCGAUGGAGGAGUCAUUCGAAAAAUCGGAUCUUCCGAUGAUAUCCAGGCCUUUAUCGCCUCGGAUCCACGAUUGACCUCAAAGUCUGUCGCUUCUAGCGACUCGACCAGGGAACUCGUCGUGGUUCACGAAGUUGAACUUGAUGGCGCUUGGGUCACACCUGGUAUCGUCGAUCUCCAUUCUCAUAUCGGAGUCGGAGCUGCUCCUGGAUUAUUUGGAAAUUCCGAUACCAACUCUAUCAAGGCUCCGAUUUUGCCUUGGUUGAGGAGUUUGGACGCGUUCAACACACACGAUGACUCGUUCAACUUGAGUAUCUCGGGUGGAAUCACCACUAUGCUCGUCUUGCCUGGAUCAGCAGGUAAUAUUGGAGGAACCGCCUACACAUUCAAGCCUCGAUGGACAGCCGAGAAUACCCCUGCGUCGAUGCAGGUCGAACCGCCAUACCUCAUGAAGAAUGGAUCUUGGGAACGAACCAACGCCUGGCGACAUAUCAAACACGCAUGUGGAGAAAACCCACAUCGCGUUUACAAGAACUCUCGUCUCGACUCUGCUUAUGACUUCCGACGAGCCUAUACCGAGGGACAAAACCUCAAGGACAAGCAGGACAGAUGGUGCGCUUCGCCAAAGACCCAAACUGAGCCGUUCCCAACCUCACUCGAAUGGGAGCCCCUGGCUGAUGUCCUCCGUGGCAAUGUCAAAGUCAACAUCCACUGUUACGAGACUGUCGAUCUCAACGACAUGGUCAGAAUUUCCAACGAGUUCAAGUUCAACAUUGCCGCUUUCCACCACGCUCACGAGACGUAUCUUGUCCCUGAUCUGCUCAAGGAGACUUAUGGUGGAACUCCCAGUGUCGCCAUCUUCGCCACCAAUGCGAGAUACAAGCGAGAAGCUUACCGAGGUAGCGAGUUUGCCCCGAAGAUCUUGGCCGAUGCAGGUAUCAACGUCGUCAUGAAGAGUGAUCACUCGGUCCUGGACUCUAGGUAUCUCGUCUACGAAGCUGCUCAGGCGCACAUUUACGGUCUCAACAUGUCUCAGGCUCUUGGUACUGUCACUACUCACUCUGCCCGCGCGAUGGGUCUGGACCACCGAAUCGGAUACGUUCGACAAGGCUACGAUGCAGAUGUCGUCGUUUGGGAUUCCUUCCCUCUCGUCUUGGGUGCCACCCCCAAGCAAACCUACAUCGACGGAAUCGCUCAGAUCGUCACGCCUCAUACUGUCAACAAACCUGCAGUCGCUCAGGAAAUCUACAAGGAGGGCAAAUGGGACGAGGAAAUUGCCGAAACACUGGCUAUGCGUGGAGACCCAGAUCUUCGUCCUAAGAAGACUUCCAACACUGUCAUUUUCCAGGACGUCGCUGGCUUCUACCUGCCUCAAUCACCACACUACCAGUCGCUCAACUUGCAGAGUACCAGCGGAAACAUGCCGCAAAACGGUACGGUUGUAGUGACGGAUGGCAAGAUUCAAUGCGUCGGCGAAUGUGUCGUUGAGGAAGGUCUAGGCUUUACAGUCAUCAACCUCAAGGGAGGAAGCAUUGCACCAGGUGCAACGAGUGUCGGAAGCUACAUGGGGUUGAUGGAGAUCAGGCAGGAGCCAACAACGCAGGAUGGUGUGGUAUACGAUCCAUUGCAGCAAAACUCUGAACUCUUGCGAGGAUUGGUCGUCCAUGCUGCGGAUGGUAUCCGAUUCGGAAGCAAGGAUCAGCUCCUCGCGUACCGCUCCGGAGUGACCAACGCCGUCGCCUAUCCGAUCUCAGACGCCCUUUUCAAUGGCUUGUCAGUCCAGUAUUCCACCUCGGCCGAGCACCCUUUAUCUCACGGAGCGAUCCUCAACCCCUCGGGAGCGCUGCAUAUCUCGCUCGCCUCUAAAGUUGACAGCGAAGACCAAGGUGAUGAAAGUAUCGUCUCCAUCUCCACAAAGCUCGCUGUCCUUCGACGGAUGCUUGGACCCGCCCCAACUGACAAGGACGGCAAUGAAUUGCGACCUGAAACAGAGCUCGAGAAGGAACUACACGCCGUGAAACGAGGGUACCGAAGACUCGUGGUGGAAUGCAACAGGGCCGACAUCAUGGCAAGCGUCAUUCGACUGAAGAGAGAUUGGGCGCCUGGCAUGCAAUUGACUUUCUUGGGAGGAGCUGAAGCUUGGAUGAUCGUCGAUGAACUCGUCCAGUACUCGGUCGGAGUGGUCGUGGCCCCUUCUCGCUCCUUCCCAGCUACUUGGGAUCAGAGACGAAUCAUGCCUGGUCUCCCUAUCACCAAUCACUCCUUGGCAUCGUACCUGGCCUCAAAGGGCGUCGUUGUUGGUCUAGGAUCCCGAGAAGAAUGGGAGACUCGAAACAUCCGCUUCGAAGCUGGAUGGCAAUACGCAAACUAUCACCACGUCUUCAGUCGACAGGAUGCCAUCGACCUCGUAUCUGCAAACUUGGAAGAGUUGCUCGGUCUGAAUGAUCGACAAGACGUUCACAAAGCUGAUGAGGACAUCGGAUCGGAGAGCUGGGUCGCUUAUGAAGGUGACAUGUUGAGCUUUGAAGGCCGUGUCAGGGCCGUCAAGGGCCACGCGAGAGAGGUCGUGGAUCUCUUCUAAGGCUGGCGAGGAGAGUGGAUGAUGUGCUAGAAAGGGAACAUGGAAUGAGUCGAAAAAGAAUCGCAUGCAUGGCAUUGACAUGA